CAAUGUAUUUUGUGCUCAAAAUUCAAUUGAAAAUUAUUAUUACAUUGUUGUGUGCAUUGAAUGAAUGCAUAACUCAGUCAACAGUGGGUUAGAGAGUGAGUGAAAAAACUACAGUUGUUUUGGUAUAAGCAUUGGGUUUGGGUUUUAUAAUACUGUAUAUAGAGUUGUAGUGUUCAGGUGUUGUCCAACUGUUUGCUGUUUGUUUGGGGUUUGGUUUGAAUUGACAGCAACUAUACAGACAUAAUGUCAUAUAAUAAGGGAGACGACACGGGUAGCUAUCGUCUGGCCGUUUCGCCCGAAGUGCCAGACGAUGGACUAACACCCGAAGGCAGACCCAAACUGUUGAAGUAUAAGAAGAGUCCGCACGCGGGAAGAAAAAAACAAGACUUAGAAGAAUUGAAGAAAGAGGUGACAAUGGAUGAACACAGGAUACCAAUAGACAUGUUAUGCAGUCAAUUGGCCACCGAUACCGAACUCGGACUGACCCCAGAACAGGCACACGAAGUAUUGUUAAGGGAUGGUCUGAAUGCAUUGUCACCACCGAAACGGACACCAGAAUGGGUUAAAUUCAGUAAAAACCUGUUCGGAGGGUUUGCACUAUUACUUUGGAUCGGAGCUGUCCUAUGUUUUAUUGCCUACUCUAUACAGGCCACCAGUUUUGAUGAGGCACCGGACGAUAAUUUAUAUUUGGGUAUCGUAUUGGCAACAGUGGUGAUAGUGACGGGAUGUUUCAGUUACUAUCAAGAGGCCAAAAGCUCCAAAAUAAUGGACUCAUUCAAGAAUAUGAUACCACAAUACGCUACAGUCGUAAGAAAUGGUCAAAAGUAUACGAUUCCGGCUGAAGAGGUAGUACUGGGAGAUGUGGUUGAGGUCAAAGGUGGAGAUCGUAUUCCCGCCGAUAUUCGUGUAAUACAAGCGCAUGGUUUCAAAGUUGACAACUCGUCACUUACCGGUGAAUCGGAACCACAAUCGCGAUCUCCUGAGUGUACAAAUGAUAAUCCAUUGGAAACCAAAAACGUUGCUUUCUUUUCGACUAAUUGUGUUGAGGGAAGCGGUAGAGGGAUUGUCAUAAAUACCGGUGAUCGUACUGUUAUGGGUCGUAUUGCUAACUUGGCGUCGGGACUGGAAAUGGGAGACACGCCUAUUGCCAAAGAGAUCACACAUUUUAUUCACAUUAUUACAGGAGUGGCUGUAUUUCUUGGCGUUACAUUCUUUAUAAUUGCAUUUGCAUUGGGUUACCAUUGGUUGGAUGCCGUUAUCUUUCUAAUCGGUAUUAUUGUAGCUAACGUUCCCGAAGGAUUGUUGGCCACAGUAACCGUAUGCUUAACAUUGACUGCCAAACGUAUGGCCAGUAAAAAUUGUUUGGUCAAGAAUUUGGAAGCUGUCGAGACAUUGGGUUCGACAUCUACCAUAUGUUCAGACAAAACAGGAACUUUAACUCAGAACCGAAUGACAGUUUCUCAUCUUUGGUUUGAUAACCAGAUUGUCGACGCGGACACCACUGAAGAGCAAACUGGUGUUUCAUUUGAUAAGUCAUCACCCGUUUGGCGCGCUUUAUCACGUGUCGCGUGUUUGUGUUCACGCGCUGAAUUUCUUCCCGGUCAAGAUCACAUUCCUGUUAUGAAGCGCGAGUGUACCGGCGAUGCCUCUGAAUCGGCAAUUCUUAAAUGUAUGGAACUGGCCGUCGGAAGUGUUCCCACCUAUAGAGUUAAAAAUAGAAAAGUUUGCGAAAUUCCCUUCAAUUCAACCAACAAAUAUCAUGUGACUAUUCAUGAUAUUGAAGGCGGAGUUGACGGCACUAAAGAUCAUUACUUGUUGUGUAUGAAAGGCGCUCCCGAAAGGAUACUCGAGAGAUGUACUUCAAUAUAUAUGAACGGCAAAGACAUUGAUAUGGAUGAGUCGUGGGCCGAACGCUUCAAUAAUGCUUACCUUGAAUUAGGAGGUUUGGGUGAAAGAGUCAUCGGUUUUUGCGAUUAUCGACUUCCGAAAGAAGAUUAUCCAAAAGGCUAUGAGUUUAACAGCGAUGAUAAUAACUUUCCAUUGACUGGACUCCGAUUUUUGGGUUUAGUUUCAAUGAUAGAUCCUCCCAGAGCUGCUGUGCCCGAUGCUGUUGCUAAAUGUCGCAGCGCUGGUAUCAAAGUAAUUAUGGUUACUGGAGAUCAUCCCAUUACAGCACAAGCUAUUGCCAAAGCUGUGGGCAUUAUUUCAGAAGGAAAUGAAACCGUUGACGACAUUGCGAAACGUAUGAAUAUUCCUGUUGAAGAAGUAGAUCCGAGACAAGCAAAAGUGUGUAUUGUUCACGGGGGGAUGCUUAAGACAAUAUCAACCGAUGAAUUGGAUGACAUACUACAGCAUCACACAGAGAUUGUAUUUGCCCGGACAUCACCACAACAGAAGCUUAUUAUAGUAGAGGGCUGUCAACGUCAGGGCGCUAUUGUUGCCGUCACUGGAGAUGGUGUUAACGACUCACCGGCUCUAAAGAAGGCGGAUAUUGGUAUUGCUAUGGGUAUCGCCGGCUCUGAUGUAUCCAAACAGGCAGCGGACAUGAUUUUAUUAGACGAUAAUUUUGCGUCAAUUGUUACGGGAGUUGAAGAGGGAAGACUUAUAUUUGAUAAUUUGAAAAAGUCUAUCGCAUACACACUGACCAGUAAUAUACCAGAGAUUUCGCCAUUCUUAGUAUUUAUCUUAGCCGACAUACCUCUUCCAUUGGGAACCGUUACCAUUCUCUGUAUUGAUUUGGGCACUGAUAUGGUUCCGGCCAUAUCAUUGGCUUACGAGAAGGCAGAGAGUGAUAUAAUGAAACGAAAACCAAGAGACGCCCGAAAUGAUAAACUGGUGAAUGAAAGACUUAUAUCGAUGUCUUACGGCCAGAUCGGUAUGAUGCAGGCAAGUGCCGGCUUCUUCACCUACUUUGUCAUUAUGGGUGAAAAUGGUUUCUGGAUAAAUGAUUUGCUUGGCAUCAGACAACAGUGGGAUUCAAAAGCAGUCAAUGAUGUCAGAGACUCGUACGGACAGGAAUGGACAUAUGCCGAUAGAAAAGUAUUGGAGUUCACAUGUCAUACGGCUUUCUUCGUAGCGAUUGUGAUCGUCCAAUGGGCUGAUCUUAUUAUUUGUAAGACCCGACGCAACUCAUUAGUACAUCAGGGAAUGGAUAAUCAUGUGCUUAACAUUGGACUUGUAUUUGAAACGGUUUUGGCUGCCAUCCUGUCCUACGGUCCCGGUAUGGAUAAAGCACUGCGAAUGUAUCCAUUAAAGUUCAACUGGUGGUUAGUGGCCCUUCCGUUCUCGAUAUUGAUUUUCAUCUACGAUGAGAUUCGCCGAUAUAUUUUACGUCGAAAUCCCGGCGGUUGGGUUGAAAAGGAAACCUAUUAUUAAAAUACUUUGUGUGCGAAACUCGAAAAUCUAUACAAAAAAACUUAUUUUACCAAUAUUUGUUCAAUUGUACUAUUAUUGUCAUAAAUAUAGAUUCUCAAAUUUUUAUCCAAUUUGAAUAUUUACAAUAUAU